AUGGAGAUGAAGUGUGUCCUUGUUGUCGCCGCAGCAUUGCUACUGAGCUACCGUAAGUUGGAGUGAUAGUUGUACGCAUAUUUGGCAUAGAAUAUUAUACUCUCCGUCUGUCGGGAAAAUAAUGAGCACUCUGUCGUAGCGAAAAUUGCAUUGCCGCCGAGAUAAUGAAUCGUGUCGCGGCAAAAUCAUAGAUGAGACCAAUUAUCAUUUAGAGUUGGUUACCGCAAGAGUCGAAAGGAAAGACAUCAAACCGUUCGUCGCAUUUCGUUUAGGGAAACUUCAUUUCUCUGACUGUCUGCAGUCUCCCAAAACCUGUGAUCUUAUUAUCGUCUGUCGGGAAAAUAAUAAGGACAACGUCAGCGACACUGUGCUCAUUAUUUUUUCGGCACACUGAUAAUAUAGAAGCCUGAAAAAAUAUUUUCUUCUUGCUUUUAUGAUGACACAACCCUUCAACGAAGGUCUAUACGUAUCUUGACUGCAAAGGCAAUGACUCUAAUUUUUUGUGUGGGUUGUGAGUUUUGUUUAGUAUACACGCAAAAUUUGAACCCAAGAGAAACGUCACAAAAUGUUUUUUUUUGUAAAAAAUUACACUAUUUUUCAUUUUAAUUUUUUUUUUUGUCUAAACCUCAUUUAUUUAUUUUUUUCAUUUCCGUUAACUUUUCGCUGCAAAUUCCUUGUAAAACACGCUAAUAUAAUGUCUCAAGGUCCGAGCUUCCGAGCGUUUACUACUUUCGAAUUAAUUAAAAUUUAACUACUAUUCCUUUAGUUUAAUCCCACUAACUUCGUAGUAAGCCGAAAGCUUUGCAAAAGACUUGUUCCUAAAAAUUUAUACAGUAAAUUGCAUUUCCAGAAACAUCCGCAUUCCCAAUUGAAGCGUCGCCAAUCCGCCUCGAGGCGCUCUUGAGUUCCGAACCCAAUCUGGACGCCCAACUUCAACGGCUCGACAUGCUGGCCGGCGGAAUUAUGCGUCUGCGGCGGGAGGUUCCCGACACUCGCUGCAAAGAUGGGAAGUGCUUGGUGCCGCGGACCAUCCGACAACUUAUUCCGUUCGUUUAA